AUGGCGUUCGCCUCCUCCGCAGUCGAGACGCUGCGGCCCAUGAAGCCCGUGUCGCCCGCCAGCGCCACGCAGCCCAAGCGACGCCCGGGCGCGGCGCCCAGCUCCGUCAAGGACCGCACGGUGGUCGUCUUCGACUGGGACGACACGCUGUGCCCCAGCUCGUGGCUGCACGCGCAGGACCUGCUGCCCAAGUUCCGCGGCCACCAGAUCUCCGUCACGCCCGCGCAGCGCGAGGUGCUGGCCCUCAUCGGCGCGCACGUCGCGCGCCUCCUGCAGAAGGCCGUGGCCUACGGCCCCGUCUUCGUGGUCACCGCUGCCGAGUACGGCUGGGUCGAGAUGUCGGCCGCGCUCUACUUGCCGGCGGUGCAGAGCAUCCUGGCGCUCCCGGACGUGCACAUUGUGUCUGCGCGCAGCUGGUACGAGCAGACUUACGGCCUUGGAGGCGACUCCGCGACCUGGAAGCAGGAGGUCAUGCAGCUCAUCGCGCGCAAGUGUUUCGCGGCCGCCGCAUCUCAGGAGACUGUUGUGAACGGUGCCCGCGCGUACUCUAGGGACCCCACGGCCCCGCAGGACGCGUACUUUAACUUCCUCUCGAUCGGCGACUCGAUGGCGGAGCGGGACGCGUGCUACGCCGCGGUGCAGAACGUGUCUCGCACCUUUGCCAAGACGCUCAAGUUCGUGGAGCACCCAAACGCCGAGGAGGUUCUGCAGCAGGUGGAGCUGACGCACGACUCGUUUGAGCAAAUGUGCGGCUGGGAUAACAACCUGGACCUGCGGCUCUCGCGGGCGCAGCUGGCCGAGCUGCGCGGGUCGCCUAUUUAAGCAGCCUCCAUUCGUACACUAUGGAUCGACCAAUGUUAGGGAUCGUCCACUAGGGACGAAAAAGGUUUUAGACAAGAGGGAAGCCCCAUGUAGAAGGAAUACUCGGGCAGUUUUUUUAUUGAUAUAAUAAUGCACACAGAUCUUCAUCAUC